AGAUUUGACAGAGGGGACGCUCCCGUACAUGGACCACCAUCACCAUCCCUGCGCCGCAGUCCGCCGCCCGCGACGCCCCGCACACGGACCCCGGCCGGCGGAGGAGCAGAGCACACGCUCGUGAAGAACAACAGUUUUCUUUUUUUUUAUUUGAUUUUUUUUUAUACAUAUUUCUUUAUUUUUUAUUUUUUUGCAUGUCAGCAGAGGAGGAACUAGUCGCUCUCUGUCCCCCACCUCCACCCUAUGUGUCCCUCUAAUUAAUCGGAGGCAUGUGGCCGCGCGCCGGGAUUAGGACUCACCUCCCGACGGUGAGCCUGCUGCUCGCGCUGUGGACCGAGGUGUGUCACUCCACUGGCUACUUCGAGCUGCAGCUGAUCUCUGUGGAGAACAUAAACGGUGAACUGGCAGGCGGGGAGUGCUGCGAUGGCUCGAGGAGCUCCCAGGACCUGCGAUGCACUCGAGAUGAGUGCGACACUUACUUCAAAGUCUGCCUGAAGGAGUACCAGAUGGAGGUCGCCACCGGCGGCCCUUGCACGUUUGGAGCUGGAUCUACACAAGUUCUUGGUGGAAAUAUGUUUUCUCUCAGGAGUGGCAAAAAUAAAAUCAGCGAGGCUGGGAAGAUUUUGAUCCCCUUCCAGUUUGCGUGGCCGCGGGCAUACACGUUGAUUGUGGAAGCUUGGGACUGGGACAAUGAUACACUUAAAAACGACGAGGAGCUGCUGAUUGAACGUGGGAUUCACACUGGCAUGAUCAAUCCCGGCGACCACUGGCAGACCAUCCUGUACGACGGGCCGGUAGCCCGCCUCAUGUAUCGCGUCAGGGUGCGCUGUGACGAGAACUACUAUGGAAAUAAGUGCAAUAAGCUGUGCGUUCCCAGGGACGACUACUUCGGUCACUACAGCUGCGAGCCUUCAGGAGGUCAGGUGUGCCUGGACGGCUGGAUGGGCCCGGACUGCAGGACAGCAAUCUGCAAACAAGGCUGCAGCCUGUUACAUGGUGGCUGCGCUGUCCCAGGUGUAUGCAUUUGUCACUACGGCUGGCAGGGUCAGUUCUGUGACGAGUGUGAGCUCCAUCCCGGAUGCGUCCACGGGACCUGCAGCGCUCCCUGGCAGUGCAACUGUGAGCAGAACUGGGGCGGCUUGUUGUGUAACAAAGAUCUGAAUUAUUGUGGUCGCCACCAGCCUUGUGUCAACGGAGGAACCUGCAUGAACACUGAGCCAGACGAGUUUCACUGUGCCUGUCCUCAAGGCUACUCCGGAAAGACCUGUCAGAUAGCCGAGCACGCCUGCGUUUCCAACCCGUGCACCAACGGCGGUACCUGCCACGAGUUCACCACAGGAUACGAGUGUCUGUGUCCACCAGGCUGGGAGGGUCCGACGUGUGCCAACAAAAUGGAUGAGUGUACCCCCAAUCCCUGCGCUCACGGUGGAACCUGUAUCGACAUGGAGGAUGGCUUUGAGUGCGAGUGCCCACCACAGUGGGAAGGCAAGACCUGCCAGAUAGAUUCAAAUGAGUGUGCAGGACAGCCUUGUCUGAACGCUUAUUCUUGCAAAAAUUUGAUUGGUGGAUAUCACUGCAACUGUUUUCGGGGAUGGUCCGGACAUAACUGUGACAUCAAUAUCAAAAGUUGCAAUGGUCACUGCCAGAAUGGGGCAACAUGCAAGAAGGGCGUAAGAGGUUUCCACUGCCAGUGCACUCCUGGCUUCACAGGCACUCACUGUGAAAUCCAGAAUAAUAAAUGUGACAGCGAACCAUGCCAGAAUGGCGGCCAGUGCCACCCGGUGUUGGACAGCUUUGUAUGUCAAUGUGCACCUGAGUUUGCUGGCCAACUGUGUCAGAUCUCCAGCUGGUUGCCCUCAGACGCCUGUGACCCAGACCCCUGCAAGAACGGGGCCACGUGCCACAGCAUGGACCAGGACUUCUACUGCGCUUGUCAUGAAGGAUAUGAGGGAAAGACUUGUGAACGGCUCAAAGAGAAGUGCCACACCACCUCAUGUCAAGUGAUUGACAUUUGCACUGUUGCUAUAGCAACCAAUGACUCAGAUGGAGUGCAGCACGUCUCUUCCAAUGUGUGUGGACCACGAGGGCGCUGCAUCAGCCAGCCAGAGGGCAACUUCACCUGCAUGUGUGAUCCCGGUUUCAGUGGCAUUUACUGUCAUGAAAAUGUCAAUGACUGCAUCAGCAGUCCCUGUAGAAAUGGAGGGACGUGCAUCGAUGGGGUGAACUCGUUCCAGUGCUUCUGUCCGGACGGCUGGGAGGGUCAACUCUGCAACCUCAAUGUAAACGAAUGCCGACACAACCCGUGUAAAAAUGGAGGACGCUGCGUUGACCUGGUGAAUGACUUUUACUGCGAAUGUUCUGAUGACUGGAAGGGCAAGACCUGCCAUUCCCAGGAGAGCCAGUGUGAUGCAACCACCUGCAGUAAUGGAGGCACCUGCUACGACCACGGCGAUGCCUUUCGCUGUUCCUGCCCAACUGGCUGGGGAGGAAACACGUGCAACACAGCCAAGAACAGCACAUGCGCCUCCAGUCCUUGUUCCAACGGGGGGACGUGUGUGGGAGGAGGAGACACCUUCUCCUGCAUCUGCAAAGAAGGCUGGGAGGGCCCCACGUGUGGACAGAACACAGACGACUGCAACCCUCAUCCAUGUUACAAUGGUGGGAUCUGUGUAGAUGGGGUCAACUGGUUUCGCUGCGAGUGUGCCCCAGGUUUUGCUGGACCAGACUGCAGAAUUAAUAUAAACGAGUGUCAGUCUUCUCCUUGUGCAUACGGAGCCACCUGCGUGGAUGAGAUAAAUGGUUUCCGAUGCAUCUGUCCUCUUGGAAGAACAGGAUCCCGAUGCCAAGAGUUCAUAGGUAUCGGAAAGACGUGCCAUUAUGCUGGACUGCAGUUUCCACACGGCAGCCAUUGGGACGAGGAGUGCAACAGCUGCCACUGCACCAACGGCAACGUGCACUGCACAAAGGUGCUGUGUGGUCGCCGUCCCUGCCGGCUGGAACCAUCGGACCAGAGACAGCAGUCCUGCCCGGCUGGACAAGAGUGCAUGGAGCACAGUUACUACACCUGCUUCUCCCCCCCGUGCAAUCAGUGGGGGGUUUGUUCCAGGGCUGGACCUUCACCUCCACAAGCAACCACCAAGUGCCAACCAAACAGCGGCCAUUUGGACAACAGCUGCGGCCGCAUAACACUUGUUUUUAAUAGAGACAAAGUACCGCCGGGAACAACGGUGGAGAAUAUUUGCUUCGAACUGAGGUACCUUCCAGACACCAGAAGCUUGGCAAAAGACCACGCCCUCCUCCUGCUUUGCGAUCUCUCCUUUUCAAAUCCAGAUGCUGUAGAGGUGGCUAUAUCUUACCAGCCGGAGGAUCUUCCAGACCACAGUCUGAUCCAGGAGACUGCCAGUGCCAUUGUGGGCACUUUGUCUAAGCGGCACAACAGCACCAUAAUGCUGGCCGUCAUCGAGGUCAAAGUGGAAACACAGGUCAUGCCCCCUUCAGUGGGCUACCUGGUGCCUCUCCUGUGCGUCGUCUUCUGCUUGCUCUGCCUCUUCUGCAUCAUUGUAUGCGUUUGGUGGACGCGCAAACGAAGAAAAGAGCGUGAAAGGAACUCGCAGUCGGCCGCUGACGACAACGUCAACAACCACUGGGAGCCGCUGCAUUUCGUUGCGGGGCGGCAGCAUCAGCAGCAACAGGUAAAAGAAAGCAACAGGGAGGCCGAGCAGGAGCGCAAAAAGCUCAUGGGCUCCUCCUGUCGGACGUGUGAUGAUGAGGAGGAGGAUGACGAGGAAGAGGAGGAGGAGGAGGAGGAGGAGGAGACGGAGGGCGAGCUUGAGCUCGAGGAGGAGUGUGGUGGAGCAGAGGCAGGAAAGCAGCUAGUUUAUAAGUACUCUAAGACUGCAGUGCAGUCGAGUGGGGGAGUGAUCUGCACCCUCCACAGCUCCAGUUCCCCCUUCAAAGCCCCACACCGGACCCACGGCUACAGCCCCAAAGAUAACCGCCGGAAAAAUGUCAGCGCUGUCUUGAUCGGCCAGAAAGAGCUCAGAAACCAUUGUGUAUAAGAAAUUUAAACAAAGAACAAUGCAGAAGCAAACGGGGCUGCAAGGCUGCGGCUAUUCUAAGUUUUGGACUUCUUUUGGAAAGUCAAAAAAAAAAAAGGCUUUGUGUUUUUAUAAGCCAUUCUUUGGUUUGUUUUCAUGUUUUUGUCACUGUCGCCCGAAGUGAUUUAAUUUUUUUUGUUUUGUUUUAAUUCAGGAGGCUACAGUGAAUAUCUUAUUUUGCUUCUGUUCUCUUAUUUUUAUUUGCAUCUAAAAGGAGCUGAAAUGUAAAACUAUUUCAAGAGCCAAAAGAAGCUCUCUUUUGUUAUUUUGGUUAUUGAAAUGUAAAAAAAAAAUUAAGAAAAAAAAAACUGUAAAGAUUUUUUUUUUUUUAUGUUUACAGAUGAUGUUUUUGUAAAAUUUUCAUUGGGCUCCUGCGUGAGUGUCUGUGCGGGCAGAUGCAUAUUAAAGGGAUGGUAAAGGAAGGGACACGGACUGCUGCAUCCACCCCUCUCUUUGCUCUGUCACCUCCCAACUUCGCCCACCAAUCCACCUGAGGCCGUCGUGCGCCAGCCUUACCAAACAAUUGGCCUGGAGGGGGAGAGGGGACAAACCCCAGUGCCUACUAUGUGGCCUUCCAUUAUUUUACUUUAUUUUUCUCCUGUCUCUCAGUUGUGUUGGCUAAAAGCUCUGUUUGAGGAUUUUUUGCAGUAUUUGAGUUGGUAGCAAGUGCCUUUCUAUGAGCUGUUUUGUGGCUCCACGUUGCGCUGCCCAGUUUGACCUCCUUGUUCUCUGAUCUCAAAGGGAUAUGUGGACAUUUAAAGUUCAGUUUCACAGCAAUGCCAUUCAAGGUAUUUGAUCAAAACAAAUGACUACUGUGUACAUACAUGUAAAUACUAAAGGAGUCGCUGUGUAUAUUUGAAAUGAGUAACUUAAAGACAAGUCACACAUUUUUAUUAUUGUUAUUAUUUUUUUACAAUGCCAUUCCUUUUAUUUAUGUCAGUUGAAAUAGGCAGGUUUUAUAACCCUUAAUAUCCGGAGUCCCACUGUUAACCUUUACAAUGAGGUACCACCUUUUGAAGGAAUUUCUGAAGGGUUUAGUAAUGGUUUGUCUUGGGAAUGCAGUCUUACUCCAGUUGUCUGUGUUAGUCUUUUUUAGGUAUGCAAAGUAAAUCAAUAAUGCUUUUCAGCCUUUACAUUAUAUCAUACGGCAGUAUAGUCUAAGACAUCACUCCUUCCAUUUAUAACUUUGAUGCUUUUCCAACUGUAAAUGCAUGAAGUCACAAUCAUCACUUUUUGUUUGUUGUUUUAACACUUUACACUUCAGUUACUUUUUAUUUGUGGUAUCACAUGUUCCAGUUAAAAAAAAAAAAAAAAAAAAUUAAAAAUAAAUAAAUAAAUAAAAUUAAAAAUAAAACAAUCAUAGCCUUAAAACAUUUUCCAACCAUUUCUAAACCCGUCACAAAUCCUUUUAUUUCAGGUGCCUUAAUGUAAUGAAUUAUGCAUUAUUUGUGUUAUCACUGGUCAACUUUUUUUUUUUUUGGGUUUGUUUUCACUAUUAAGAAAAGUUACUUUUCAUUUUUUCUUUUUUUUUUCAAACAUUGUGUGGUGUAUUGUGGCGUAUUUUAUUCGCCGGAGUAAAGCGCACUCCUCCUCUCACUUUGCUAUCAUGGAGAUUCCUCAAAUUCAAUACCAGUGGAGGGUUUUGGAGAAAAAAAUUAACAAAAGAACAAUCCAUCAUAGAGGUUUUGAGUGUUAUGAAUGUGGAUAUUAGUAGGUCAAAUGUGGGUGUCUUUCAAUAGUUUCAUCUUUGGUUCAAAGGCUUUAAUGAAGGGAACAAUGUUUGCAGAUGCAGAUUUUUUUUUUUUUUUUUUCUAUUCUGUCAUGCAAAUUGUGUUAAGUUACCAACUCGGUUUCAAAUGACAACGUUUAACCAAUUUCCAUGUUAUGUCAUUGUCUCAAACGCUAUUGUAUUUCUGCAAAUGGGACACAGCAAAAUAAAAAAGGCACAUCACUGCUGGUGUUAAAGCUGAA